GUGUGUGUGUGUGUGUGUGUGUGUGUGUGUGUGUGUGUGUGUGUUUCAGAGGGUCUGCAGGAGGUCAUUCUGUACACACAGCCGGAUGAUAAGAGGAAGAACCGCGGCUUCUGUUUUCUGGAGUAUGAGGAUCAUAAGUCGGCGGCUCAGGCGCGGCGCAGGCUCAUGAGCGGGAAGGUGAAGGUGUGGGGGAACCCUGUGACCGUGGAGUGGGCCGACCCCGUCGCGGAGCCUGACCCCGAGGUCAUGGCCAAGGUGAAGGUGCUGUUUGUGCGUAAGCUGGCCACGCCGGUCACAGAGGAGCUGCUGGAGAACACCUUCUCUCAGUUCGGCAAACUGGAGCGCGUCAAGAAGCUGAAGGACUACGCCUUCGUUCACUUCGAGGAGCGAGACGCCGCAGUCAAGAAAGGGCCCGAUGAUGUCACUUCCUGUUUCAGUAGGGAUAGACGUGAUGACAUCAGUGUUUGUGCAUCAUUAGGACAUCAUAAACAGUAUGACGAGUAUUAUUACUACCCUCCCCCCCGCAUGCCUCCUCCGGGGCGUGGCCGCGGGCGCGGUGGGCGGGGUGGAUACGCCUACCCGCCCGAUUACUACGGUUACGAGGAGUACUACGACGACUACUACGGUUACGAUUACCACGACUACCGAGGCGGCUACGAUGACCCCUACUACGCUUACGACGACGGCUACUCCAUGAGGGGGCGGAGCAGUGGGCGGAGCCGUGGAGCUCCACCUCCCCCCAGAGCCCCCCGGGGCCGCGGCAUCAGAGGCGCGCGAGGAAACCGCGGCGGAAACGUGGGCGGGAAGAGGAAGGCAGACGUGUUUAACCAGCCGGACUCCAAACGCCGUCAGACCAACCAGCAAAACUGGGGCUCGCAGCCCAUCGCCCAGCAGCCCCUGGGCUCCGACUACGCUGCCGGCUACGGCUACAGCAACGACUCGCUCGAGUUCUCCCAGGACUCCUACGGCCAGCAGUGGAAGUAG